UGCAGCUUGGUGGAAACUGCCAAGAGUCUAAAUGUCACCCUUCAAACAACCAAGAAAGAGUUUGUGGCCUUCACAGAGCAGCAAGCUAAGCAAUUUGUAAGAGAUUGCAUUGAUUUUCUGGAAAGGAUGAAUGCCAAUGGCCCUGUGAAAUGUAGCAACCUUGAUGUGGGACUUACCCUCUUUAUCCACUUCCAGGCAUAUUCCCCUACACAAUAUAUUUUUUAUUUUUUUAUUUUUGUCAUCAUUGUGAUUGCUAAAUAAGUGUCAAAAUUGUUGUUGAAGGUUAUGAAAUUACAGAAUCAGGUUUGGGUUGGGUAGAGACUUAUAUGUAGCUCUAACAAAGCCAUUGUUCAUAUCUGAACAGGAAGAAUUAAGUAAUAUGUUGACAACAAAAGACAACAUAGUGCUUGCACAGAAACUAUUUGACAUGCCCAUCACUGCUUAUCCUGCACUUUUUGAGGUGGAAAUACAAUUGAAAGGAGUGGGUAUGAUAUAUGAUGUGUAUGCGGCUUUUUCAGCAGCUGUGACCACAGCAGCAGCCACUUUGUGGGCAGAGCUUGACAUCAACAAGCUGGUGGCCCUUGUGGAUGACUUUGCCCUGCACAUGAAACGGAUGAAACACCUCAAGGAUCAGCCCACUUAUGCAAUCAUGGAAGCCAAAUUAAAGGAUUUCCAAGAAUCCCUUCCUUUGAUUCAGGAUUUAAAAAGUGAAGCUAUGAGGAGGCGGCAUUGGGAUAAAUUAAUGGAAGAGACUGGAAAGAACUUUGACAUGGAUCCUAAAACUUUCACUCUUGCAAACAUAUUUAGAAUGGAGCUCCACAACUAUGCUGCAACAAUAGGAGAGAUCACAAAUGCAGCAUCAAAGGAGCUUAACAUAGAGCAGGAGCUGAGGAAUGUGAAUGAGGUGUGGAGGGUGCAGUCAUUUGAGGUGGUCAGGUAUGCAAAGGAUGGGGUGGACAAAGGGUAUGUGCUGCGCAGCACAGAGGCUGUCAUGCUGAUAGUGGAGGAGAUGAGUCUCAACCUGCAAGGCAUGACCAGCUCUCGCUUUGUCAGUGCCUUCCUUGAUGAAGUCAACUCCUGGGCUAGGUGCCUAGGCAACAUUGGAUCUGUUGUGGAGGUCUGGAUGCAGGUGCAACAGAAAUGGAUGUAUCUUGAGAAUAUUUUUGGGGCUGAAGAUAUUAAACAACAACUUCCAGAUGCAGCCAAACGAUUUGACUAUAUAGAUAAAAACUGGAAGAAAAUAAUGUCAGAAACAUAUAAAACACCCAACAUUGUGAGUGCAUGUGGUGUAGAAGGACGUCUGGACACUUUGUGGAUGCUUUUCAAAGCACUUGAAAACUGCCAAAAAAGUUUGAGCAAUUAUUUGGACACACAGAGAAAUGCCUUUCCACGAUUUUAUUUCAUUUCAGAUGAUGAAUUGCUUUCAGUAUUGGGAAACUCAGAUCCUACCUCUAUACAAGAGCACAUGCUAAAAUUAUUUGACAAUUGUGCUUCUUUAACUUUUGGAGAAAAGAACAAGAAAAUCCUGGGAAUGACAUCAUCAGAGGGAGAGACUUACAAUUUCAGAAUGAAGAUUUCUACAGAUGGUGCAGUGGAAUCAUGGAUGAAACGUACUGAAGCAGAGAUGCGACAUUCACUCUUUGAAAUUAUGAAAGAAGGGGUCUACCAUUAUGCAAAGUCUAUCCGAAAGGAUUGGAUUUCUGUCAAUUUGGGCAUGGUUACUUUGGCUGGGAGCACAAUUUGGUGGACAUGGGAAGUUGAGGAUGCAUUUCAGAAUGUGCAGCUGGGUGACAAGAAUGCCAUGAAAAAAUUCAGUGUUAAGCUUUCCAACCAGCUCAAUGACCUUGUGGCAAUGGUGCGGUCUGAUUUAACCAAUUUGAUUAGGAAAAAGGUGAAUGCUCUUAUUAUCAUUGAAGUUCAUGCAAGGGAUAUCAUAGAUACAUUUGUACGAGACAGUAUUCUAGACCAUCGUGAAUUUGCUUGGGAGAGCCAGCUGCGGUUUUAUUGGGACCGUGGUCCAGAUGAUUGUAUUAUAAGGCAAUGCACAGGAGAGUUCCAAUAUGGAUAUGAAUAUAUGGGCUUGAAUGGGCGCCUUGUCAUCACUGCAUUGACUGACCGGUGCUACAUGACCAUCACCACAGCUCUCACUUACGGCCUUGGAGGAGCUCCUGCUGGACCUGCAGGCACUGGCAAAACAGAAACCACUAAAGAUCUUGCUAAAUCCAUGGCCUUGCUUUGCAUGGUCUUCAACUGUGGAGAUGGACUUGAUUACAAGGCAAUGGGCUCUAUAUUUUCAGGCCUUGUUCAAUGUGGGGCCUGGGGGUGUUUUGAUGAAUUCAAUAGAAUUGAUGCAGAGGUAUUGUCUGUUGUGUCAUCACAAAUCAAACAAAUCCAGGAAGCAAUGAAGAAUGGUUUGAGGAAAUUCACAUUUGAAGGGAAAGAAAUAGCAUUGGAUGCAAGGACAGGAAUCUUCAUCACCAUGAACCCAGGUUAUGCAGGACGAACUGAGCUCCCUGACAAUUUGAAGGCACUCUUCCGUCCUGUAACCAUGAUUGUGCCUGACUUGCAGCAGAUCUGUGAAAUCAUGCUCUUCUCUGAAGGAUUUGAAACUGCCAAAAUGUUGGCCAAGAAAAUGACAGUGCUUUACAAGUUGUCAAGGGAGCAGCUGUCAAAACAAUAUCACUAUGACUUUGGACUGCGGGCAUUGAAAUCAGUGUUAGUAAUGGCAGGAGCCUUCAAGAGAGGAGAUGCAGCCAUGAGUGAACAGCUUGUGCUGAUGAGAGCCCUCCGGGACAUGAACCUUCCCAAAUUCACUUUUGAAGAUGUCCCACUGUUUCUGGGGCUCAUCAAUGAUCUCUUCCCCGGCAUGGAUUGCCCUCGUGUGCGCUACCCUUCCUUCAAUGAUGUUGUGGAGGAUGAUCUUAAGGUACAUGGCUACCUUGUCAUGACAAAUCCAACAGACCAAGUGGAUAAAGUCAUUCAAUUGUAUGAAACAAUGCUUACCCGCCACACCACAAUGGUUGUUGGUCCAACUGGAGGGGGCAAGACGGUGAUCAUUGAAACGCUUGCAAGGGCCCAAACUAACCUUGGUUAUCCAACCUCCCUCCUUAUUAUCAAUUCAAAAGCCCAACCCACACAUGAACUCUAUGGGCUGAUGGAUGCUGAGACACGUGAUUGGACGGAUGGCUUAUUAUCUAGUUUAUUCAGAGAAAUAAACAAGCCUCUCCAACCUGGACAUGCCAAUGACAGGUGUUAUUUGGUUUUUGAUGGUGAUGUUGAUGCUCUAUGGGUAGAAGACAUGAACAGUGUGAUGGAUGAUAAUAAACUACUGACACUCCCAAAUGGAGAACGAAUACGAGUUCAGAAUCAUUGCAAGUUAUUGUUUGAGGUGUCUGAUCUUCAAUAUGCAUCACCUGCUACUGUAAGUCGAUGUGGUAUGGUGUUUGUUGACUCAAAGAACUUGGGAUAUCAACCUUAUAUUUGGAGGUGGUGCAAUUCUCGAGAGAAAGAAAGACCAGUGGAAACUGAACAAAUCAGGGAACUCUUUCAAAAGUAUGUACCUGCAUGUAUAGAUUUUGUUUUGGAAGGGCUUGUGAUGGGUGAGCUUACAAAGCCAUUGAUGCAAACUAUUCCACUGACAAAUCUCAAUAUGGUGCGACAAUUAUGCAAUAUGCUAGAAGCCAUUUUGUGUGACAAGUUUCAAGUUCAUCGACCUGUAGCACUUGAGGCAUUGUUUAUAUAUCUUUGUGUGUGGUCAAUUGGUGGAAGCAUUGUGCAAACAAUUGUUUCACAAGAUCGGAGUCGGUUUGACUCUUUCAUAAAAAGCAUUGCCACCCUGGGGUUGAGUUCCAACCACCCCAUCCCUCCCAAUCAACUCCCUGCUGACCUCAUCUAUGAGUACCAUUUUGAUGUGGAUUCAUUAAUGUGGCAAUCCUGGAAAGCUCUUGUUCCAGUUUACGAGCCUCCACCAGAUGCAGCUUUCAGCAAAAUACUAGUCCCCACUCUUGACACAUGUCGAUCAACUUGGAUCCUAAAUCUCCUUGCUCAACAUGGCAAGUCAAUACUAUUUGUCGGUGAAAGUGGAACAUCAAAAACAGUCAUCAUUCAAAAAUACUUCACAACCUUGGAAACAUCAAAGAUACUCAUCCUCAACAUGAAUUUCAGUAGCAGGACAAACUCCAUGGAUGUCCAAACAUCAAUUGAAGACUCUAUAGAAAAGCGAACAAAGGUUGAUUACGGACCCUCACUGAAUAGGAAGAUGGUGGUGUUCAUGGAUGACAUGAAUAUGCCUAAGGUGGAUACCUAUGGAACCCAGCAACCCAUUGCCUUCCUGAAGCUUUUGGUGGACAAAGGUGGAAUGUAUGGCAGAGGGAAAGACUUGAAUUGGAAAAAUAUUCUAGAUGUUCAGUUCAUUGGAGCUAUGGGCAGACCAGGUGGAGCUCGUAAUCCUGUUGAUCCACGGUUCAUUUCUCUCUUCAACAUUUUUGAAAUUCAAUUUCCAGCCAGCACCACUCUCUCUCACAUCUACAGUGCCAUCCUUGAUGCUCAUCUUCAUAAAUUUGGAACAGAUUUGAAAGAGUUGACACCUUCAAUCACAUAUAUGACCUUAAAGUUGUACACAUACAUUGUUGAGAAACUACCACCAACACCUUCAAGAUUCCAUUAUAUUUUCAAUUUGCGUGACUUAAGUCGUGUCUAUGAAGGGAUGACUUUAUCAACUAUUGACAAAAUAAAAACAAUUGGUCAAAUGAUACGGUUGUGGCGCAAUGAGUGCCUGCGCAUAUUCUAUGACCGUCUUAUCAAUGAGAAUGAUAGACAUGUUGUUGAAAUGCAGAUUGAGGCCAUAAUACGUGAAAAAUUUGAUUCAGUUGCUGAUGAGGUUUUAGCAAAUCCAAUAGUCUAUGGAGAUUAUAGAAAUGUGUUAAAACCCACAGAGCCAAGGCUUUAUGAAGACCUGAGUAGUUAUGAUUUGAUCAGGCCGUGGAUGGAAGAAGCAAUAGAAGAGUACAACCUUGUGAAUAAACCCAUGAAUCUUGUCAUGUUUCAAGAUGCUUUGGAACACCUCACACGAAUUCAUCGCAUAAUGCGAAUUCCUCAAGGUAAUGCAUUACUUGUGGGGGUUGGAGGAAGUGGAAAGAAGAGUUUGUCCAUUCUUGGAGCUUUUGUUGCUGGAUGCAAGGUGUUUCAAAUCACAUUAGCACGAGGCUACAAUGAAGAUACAUUUCGGGAGGACCUGAAAGCAUUGUACAACAUGCUGGGAUUGGAGAACAAGGCUGUUGUGUUCUUAUUCACAGAUGCCCAUGUUGCUAGUGAAGGCUUUUUGGAACUCAUCAACAACAUGCUCACAUCUGGCAUGGUGCCUGCUCUCUUCAAAGAAGAAGAAAAAGAUGGCAUAAUUAACCAAGUUCGGGAGGCAGCUGCAGCAUCAGGAAUGGUGGACACAAAGGAGAAUGUAUGGAGCUAUUUCAUCAGCCGGUGUCGCAGCAAUCUGCACAUCACACUCGCAAUGUCACCAGUUGGGGACACACUCCGUACACGGUGUUGCAACUUCCCUGGCUUGGUGAACAACUGUGUAAUAGAUUGGCUCACCCCCUGGCCAGAGGAUGCACUGCUGUCUGUGUGCACAGUGUUCCUGGCUGGAGUGGACAUUCCUGCAGAGUUCAGGGAGUCCAUUCUGGGCCACAUUGUGAUGGUGCACUCCUCUGUGUGCACCCUCAGCCCCCAGUUCACUUCAGAGACAAGGCGCACCAAUUUUGUGACCCCCAAAAAUUUCCUUGACUUCAUCAUGACCUACUGCUCCAAACUGAAGCAAAAACGGCAAUACAACACAAACCAAGUGAACCGGCUCCAAGGGGGAUUGCAAAAGCUCAUUCAAGCUGCCAAAGAGGUGACAGCCAUGCAGGAAACCUUAGCAAAGGCAAAGAUUGUUGUAGAUUCAAAGACUAAAGAAGUUAAUGCACUCAUAGAAGUAAUUAGCAAGAAUACAGAGAUAGUUGUGGCAAAGCAAACCACAGCAGAGGAGAAGGCUAAAGAAUUAGCCACACAAAAAGCUCAGAUAGCAAUAGAAAAGGGUGAGGCAGAAGUGGCUCUAGCUGAUGCCCUCCCUGCCUUGGAGGCUGCAGCUGAAGCUCUGAACAGCUUGAAGAAAGAUGAAAUCACAGAAAUUCGAUCAUUUGCCAAGCCCAACAUUUAUGUUCAAAAGGUGUGUGAAUGUGUGUGCAUCCUCAAGCACAUUCCUGAUGUUUCUUGGAAAGGUGCCAAGGGGAUGAUGGCAGAUAGUAGUUUCCUGAAAAGUUUGAUAGAAUUUGAAAAAGACACUAUCUCUGAGAGACAAAUGAAAGGUUUAAGGGAGUACUUCAAAGAUCCCAACAUGAGUUUGGAGAAUGUGCAAACCAUAUCACAAGCAGCAGCAGGGCUCCUGAGGUGGGUGGUGGCCAUGAUGAACUACUAUGGCAUUCUCAAAGUUGUUGCUCCACAGCGCAAUGCUGUUGCUGCUGCUGAAAAAAUGCUUACCAGUGCCCAAUCAGAACUGGACAAAAUCCAAGAGGAGGUUGGGAAUUUGAGUGUACAAUUAGCAGAGUUAAAUAAACAAUAUGAAGUUGCCUAUGGAGAACAAAUGGCAUUGAAAACAAAUGCAGAUUUGAUGAAAAAAAGGCUUGAUGCAGCAUCUCAACUCAUAUCUGGACUUGGAAGUGAACAUGCUCGAUGGUCAAAGGAAUUAGAAGAAUUGGCAUUUGAUCGUGUCAAGUUAUUAGGAGAUUGUUUAUUGGCUUCAAGCUUCUUAAGUUACUGUGGAGGCUUUACAAUAGAUUACAGAACCAUGUUGAUCAAGACUACUUGGCAUUCAGACCUUCUGAAAAGAAAGGUUCCAGUGAGUGAUCCUUUAAAUCUUGAGAACCUUUUAACAACUGAAGUUGAGAUCAGCACUUGGAACAGUCAAGGGCUUCCAUCCAAUGAUCUUUCCAUUCAGAAUGGAAUUCUUACUACCAAGGGCUCACGUUUCCCUCUUUGCAUUGAUCCACAGCUUCAGGCCAUCAAUUGGAUAAAGAAAAAAGAAGGAAAAAUGCUGGAAGGUCAAAUAAGAACAUUUAAUGACACAGAUUUUCUGAAGCAGUUGGAAUUGGCAAUUCAAUAUGGAUUCCCAUUCAUGUUUGAAAAUGUGGAUGAAUACAUAGAUCCAAUCAUUGAUCCCAUACUAGAAAAAAUUACAACUUCUGGACCAGGAGGAAGAAAGACUGUGAAACUUGGUGAUAAAGAAAUUGAUUGGGAUGAAAAUUUCAGACUUUAUCUUGUGAGUAAGCUGCCCAAUCCAGAAUAUGGGCCAGAAAUUUCUGGAAAGACACUGAUUAUUAACUAUUGUGUAACAGAACAAGGUCUCCAAGCACAGCUUCUGAAUGCAACUGUGGGACAUGAAAGGCCAGACUUGGAGCAACUAAGAGAGAAACUGGUUAUUGAAACUGGUGAAAACAAGGCAUUAUUAAAGCAACUUGAGGACACACUGUUACAAGAACUGAGUGCUGCCACAGGAAAUAUCCUAGAUAACCAUGAAUUAAUUGCAACACUAGAGAUCACUAAAUCAAAGGCAAGUGAAAUCGCAGUGAAGCUAGCCAUGGCUCAAGAAACAUCUGUUGAAAUAAACAUGCUUCGGGAAAGGUAUUUUCCUGCAGCCAAGCGAGGUGCCAUCUUAUUUUUUGUGCUGAGCAACCUCUCUGCCAUCAACAACAUGUAUGAGUACUCUUUGAAUUCAUUUCUGGAGGUUUUUGGCAUCUCUCUUGCUACUAGCCAGAAGCAUAAGACACUGGAGGGGCGGCUGAGUAAUAUCAUGGAUGCUUUGACAAGUGACCUCUACAAUCAUGCAUGCAUGGGCCUAUUUGAGAAGCACAAGCUAAUGCUGUCUUUCCAGUUCACCUUGGGUAUUCUCAAGGGGGACAACCUUCUCAACCAGCAGCAUCUGGACUUCUUCCUUAAGGGCAACUUGUCCCUUGAGAAGGCCCUCAAGCCCAACCCCUUCCCUGCCUGGUUCUCUGAGCAGGGAUGGCAGGACAUGACUGCCCUCUUUGCCUUGGCUCCAACUUUCCAUGAAUUGGGCCUGCACUUUGAAGAUCAUGAGGAGGAAUGGCAAGCUUGGUAUAAUGAAGCCCGUCCAGAAGCAAUGCCCAUGCCUGGAGGAUUUUCAGAGAAACUUGAAACUUUUGAGCAACUCAUGGUCCUGCGUUGCUUCCGCAUAGACAGAAUCACAGUUUCUUUGACUCAAUAUGUGAUGAAGGUCAUGGGAGAGAAGUACAUAAUGCCUCCUGUACUAGAUUACAAAGCCAUCCACACUCAAAGUUCAUCCAUGAUGCCCAUAGUUUUCAUCCUAAGUCCAGGUGCAGACCCUGCUUUUGACAUAUUCAACCUUGGUGAAGAAAUGGGGUUCAAACCAGGGCAAAAGCUGAAAUACAUGGCUCUUGGGCAAGGGAUGGGUCCAAAGGCAGCAGAGCAGAUAGAGCAGGGUUCCAUGCGGGGUUUGUGGGUGAUGCUUCAAAACUGCCAUUUGCUCCCAUCCUGGCUGAAGACCCUGGAAAAAAUCUUGGAGAAACUAGUGAAGCCCCACAAUGACUUCCGGCUGUGGCUGACAACAGAGCCCACAUCCACAUUCCCCCUGGGCAUCCUGCAGCGGAGCCUGAAGGUGGUGGCAGAGCCCCCCAAUGGACUGAAGCUCAAUUUGCGCUCCUCAUAUGCCAAGAUCAGUGAAGAGAACCUUGCUGAAUGCCCUCACUUUGCUUAUCGACCUCAGGUCUUUGUGGUAGCAUUUUUUCAUGCAGUGGUACAAGAGCGGCGGAAAUAUGGAAGACUUGGAUGGAAUGUUCCUUAUGAUUUUAAUGAAACAGACUUGCGUAUUAGCUUGGCAUUGAUAUCAACAUAUCUGAAAAAAGCAUUUGACAACAAGGAUGACCAAAUUCCAUGGGGCACAUUGAGGUAUUUGAUAGGGGAGGCCAUGUAUGGAGGUAGGGUAUCAGAUUCCUUUGAUAGAAGAAUCCUCACAACAUAUCUGGAGGAGUACCUGGGGGACUUCCUGUUUGAUAAGGUGCAUCCCUUCAUGUUCUUUGCCUCCACGGGUGAGUCCAUUGUGUACAGGCUGCCAGAGACUGGGCACAGAGACCACUACAUACACUACAUUGGGGAGUUGCCUAUUGUGCAAUCUCCACAAGUGUUUGGUCUGCACCCCAAUGCAGACAUCAGCUACUACUCCAGCAGCACCAAAACCUUGUGGAAGGACUUGGUGAGCAUGCAGCCUAGUGCAGCAGGUGGUAGUGAUGGCACCCGCCAGGAAGACAUUGUUGACAGGAUUGCGGCUGACCUGCUUACCAAAAUACCACUACCAUUUGACCUCCCAGCCUUGAGGAAACAGAUAGGAAUCCCAUCCCCUGUGCAGGUGGUGUUGCUGCAAGAAGUGGAGAGGUGGAACAGACUAGUAGAUACCAUGGGGAACAGCUUAUUUCAUUUACAAAGAGCUUUAGGAGGUGAAAUUGGCAUGAGCACAGACCUUGAUGACUUGUCAACUGCUCUCUUCAAUGGAGAAUUACCUUCCAUGUGGCGCAAGAUGACUGCACAAACUCAGAAGAUGCUGCCAGCAUGGAUGGCAUGGUUCCAAAGGCGCUAUCAGCAAUAUAAGAAAUGGAUUGAGGUCGGAGAGCCAGUGGUGAUGUGGAUGUCCGGCCUCCACAUUCCAGAGACCUUCAUAGCAGCACUUGUGCAGAGCACAUGCCGUGCCAAAGGAUGGCCCCUUGACCAAUCCAGCAUCUACACACAAGUCACACCCUACAUGCACCCAGAUGAGAUUAAGGACAAGCCCCAGGAUGGAUGCUAUGUAACAGGGCUCUACCUGGAGGGUGCCUCUUGGAACCCAGACACCCUCAUGCUCAGGACUCAGGACCCCAAAAUCUUAGUUGUGGAGCUCCCGAUACUGCACAUCAUUCCCAUAGAAGGAAACAAGCUGAAACUCACCAACACAUUUCGAACACCUGUGUAUGUGACACAAGCACGGCGGAAUGCCAUGGGAGUUGGUCUCAUCUUCGAAGCUGACCUCUCCACCACCAUCCACCCUUCCCAUUGGGUGCUUCAAGGUGUUGCUUUGUGCCUCAAUAUUGAUCAUUGACUUGCAUUGUAUGUAUCCAUUGGGGCUGGAUGAGUGGAGGUUAAAACUUUAAAAUCAUGUUUAACAGAUGAUGUAGUUACUUGCAUUGUAUGAUUGAAUUGGAUUUAAUGAUAUCAAUUGUGUGUAACUGCACACAUUUGUCUUUAAUAUAUUUUUUUAAUCUUUUUUUCUA